UGAAACACCGCGGUCAUACUAUAUGCUAUACCGCAAUUACGAGAUCGACGACAUCCUUGGAGACUGUUUCAGGGCCACACAAAUCGGUCCUAUCCAGGACAGUGUGGUGAAGAUUCAGGAGAAGUACAUCUUAAAUGGAUCCGUAAUCGUGAACAACAAAACCUUGCCCAUUGCGUCAUCACCGUGUUACACUGUCAAGAACAAGGCUAAAUAUUCAGUUGAUAAAGGCACUGGGUGUUUCUUGAUGGUGAAUAACCUGGAGGCUCCCGUGGACGUCUGUUGCGAGUUCGUCUACGACCUCCUUUGUGGACCCACGAAGAUACCAGUUCAUGACCCUGCUCUCUGCGCCUGUCUUUCUGAUGACUAG